CCUAUGCAAAGGAGUGGCGGACGAGCCAACGGGAGGAUGUGAGCGUCGGUACUCUGCCUCCAUCACCAUCCUCUGAGGAGACGGACAGAAAAGGACUCUUUGUCUUCGUUCACGCGGAACAUGGCGUCAAAAUGUCCCAAAUGCGACAAGACGGUGUACUUCGCGGAGAAGGUGUCGUCGUUGGGGAAAGACUGGCACAAGUUCUGUCUGAAGUGUGAACGCUGCAACAAGACGCUGAACCCAGGAGGCCACGCCGAGCACGACGGGACGCCGUACUGCCACAAGCCCUGCUACGCCGCCCUCUUCGGCCCCAAAGGCGUGAACAUCGGCGGAGCCGGCUCCUACGUGUACGCCGACCCCGCCGCCAACGAAGCCCCUGCCGCUGUUUCCAUGGAGACGGACAGCAAGCCGGCGGAGGAGAAAAAAGCUCCCGCCCGGGGACCGGUGAAGGCUGCCAGCUUCUCCUCGUUCUCCGGAGGACCCAACAUCUGCCCCAGAUGCAACAAGACGGUUUACUUCGCUGAGAAGGUGACGUCUCUGGGGAAGAACUGGCACCGGCCCUGCCUGCGCUGCGAGAGGUGCAGCAAGACUCUGGCUGCCGGCAGCCACGCGGAGCACGACGGACAGCCGUACUGCCUCAUCCGGUGUGUGCAGCCUCUCUUCCCCCCCUCAGGUGUGAACACUGGAGGUGUGGGCAGCUACAUCUACGACCAACCUGCCGAGGCCGAAGAUGAGGCCGAAGCUGAAGCCCAGCCCUGAGCCGUGACUCCGCCUCCAGCUCCUCCAGUACCCGCCCCCCCCAGCGCGUUGAUUCGUCUUCUACGGUUAAUGGCGACACGCGAUGUGUACCGCGAACACAGAGAUGGAUAUUUAGAUGUGUUCUGCUGAGUUUGGAUAUUGUUUAAAUGUGUAUUUUUUGUACCGAUACAAACCUUUAACAAGUUUCAAAUCUGCCUUUCGGUUUCUCGGUUCUCUUUGCCAAAUAGUUAUGUAUAAUUUCCUCAGACUUUUGUGCUUUUAAAAGAUGUACCAAAACAUAUUGUAAGUGUUUGUCUAAAAGAGGGAGGAGGCGGAGACGUAGCAUUCAUUUCUCUGAAUGUUAUGAAGAAGAGCUUCAGCUGUGUGUCACAUUUUCUACAGUAAAACUGUGUGAUAACAAA